AUGCUUAUCAACCUGACUGUGUCCAUCAAGGAGUCCUGUGCCUUUCAUGGAAAACUGCCUGCUAGCCCCCUCGCUGCCCCUGUUGUCGUGGAAGUGACAGCCAUGGAUACGCUCCCCGUCCUCUUUGCCUCCCCACCGCCUUCCCUGGCACCUCCGCCGCCUCCACCUCCACCGCCUCCUCCACCUCCUCCUCCUCCACCACCCCCACCCCCACCUCAGUCCUCUGCCUCACCUUUUAGCCGAAUGGACUGUGCUCGUCGGAGCCGGCUAAGGAAGCUCAACUGGGAGCGCAUCCCCAAAGAGAAGGUGGAGGGGAGGAAGAGCGUGUGGAGCGGGGCAACAACAGGUGAGGACGAGUUCCCUAUUGAUCUCCAUUCUCUGGAUGAGCUGUUUGGACAGAAGGACAGCAAGCCUCAGGACAGAAACAGCACCCUGAGGCGCCGCUCGGCUCUGCUGCGCUGCAGGUCACCCCAGGACAGUACAACAGAGCAGAUCUCCCUUUUGGACUCCAAGCGCAGUAUGAACAUUGGAAUAUUUCUACGUCAGUUCAAGACGCCUGCUAAGGAGAUAGUCGAGGACAUCAGGCAGGGUGCUGGCGAGCGCUAUGGAGCAGAGAAGCUCACAGAGCUCUGCAAAUUGCUGCCUGACAGUGAGGAGGAAUCGCGUCUGAGGAGGUUCAACGGGGAGCGUAGCUGGCUCACAGAGCCUGACCUCUUCAUGCUGCUGCUAGUUGAAGUUCCCAGCUUUCGGCUGCGUCUGGAUGCCAUGAUCCUGCAGCAAGAGUUUGACCCUGCUGUGACCUCUCUGUGUGUGGCAGCCAGAUGUCUGAGGGAGGCGGCCAGAGAACUGCUGAGCUGUCCUGAAUUGCACUCCAUCCUUCGUUUGGUGCUGAAAGCCGGGAACUAUAUGAAUGCAGGUGGAUACGCGGGGAAUGCCGCUGGUUUCCGAAUUUCAUCGCUGCUGAAACUGGCUGACACCAAAGCCAACAAGCCGGGCAUGAAUCUGCUGCAUUUUGUUGCUAUGGAAGCUGUGAAAAAAGACCAGAGUUUGCUGUCGUUUCCCAGCCAACUAGGCCAUGUUGGCCCUGCCUCCAGGUUGUGUGAGGAGUCUCUGUUGGAGGACUUAUCCAAGUUGCAAAGCAGAGUGGUGGCUGUCAAGGUCAAUGUCCAGACUGAGCCUGAGAUUCAACAGCAGACACAGCCUUUCCUGGAGGUGGCUGAGGAGCGCCUGAAGGAGGCAGAGGAUGAAGUGGAGGGCAUGAGAAUGUCGAGCCAGGCACUGGUGGAGUUCUUCUGUGAGGACGACAGCACCUUCAAACUAGAGGAAGCUUGUAGGGUCUUCCACUCAUUUUGCUACCGCUUUCAAAAAGCUGUCCAGGAGAAUGCAGAGCGGGAACUUAAGGAACAGAAACGUCUUGAGCGGGAACGUGAGAUAGGGGAAAAGCGUCGCUCUUUGGCUGUGUGCACAGGGCUGGACUUGAGCCUGAGCCUUGCCAGAGAGCCUCACAGUCAGGAGAACCAGGAUGACCUAGAAAGACUACUAGCGAAAAACUUGAGCUACACUUGGAGCCGACGUAGCCUGAGGAGGCACUCCCAUCACCUCCAGAACUACACCACUGAGUCCCAGAACUCAUCCACCUUUAAGACCUUCCCAGAGCUAGGCUGCAGCCCAACUUCAACCAGUUACCACCCCAGCAGUUCUUCAGACCAGGAGACUGCCACGUGCAGCUCCCCAGAGACUGACAGUGCAGCGUCCCCCACUCAGCAGGGAACAGCGCUGGGUAGGGAGAGCCGGAACCAGCUCAGCCAGUACCAAGCAGCCAACCAGACCAUAGAGGCAACUCCAGUUUCACACACUGCUACAUUCAGCCAUUCUGAGCAUGGGUGCGGCUUCAAGGUCACACAACAACAACCUGAUAUCAUUUCUUAUGUGCCGCAAAGCCAGUAUGAAUUGGCUACAACACAAACGUGUGGACGUAAAAAAGAAGCAAGUCAGAUUCCACAUCCACAGAUGGCUUCAAUGACCACCGAACCUUUGAGGUCAUGUACAAACUCUGCUGCUGCAACCACCGCUGCUCCUGCCCUUUGUGUUACGAGCCAGAACUCGACUCGUAAACAUAGAUUUGGCCUGCCAGUGACAGACAGUAAUCACCUUCUACAGACUAAGCCAAAUGACUCUUCAUUUAAUGAGUCGGCACCAAAUUCUGCUCAUACCGCCGGAAUGCUUUCUCAUAAUGACACCAGGGAUGAACCUUUAAUGUACCAGCCCUCUGAGAGCCAAUCAGAAUCAUCGAUACAUGCUCCAGAUAGCUUCCAGUCACAACAACAGGAGAGAGAGGUAACGAGUGGGCACACCAUUACAUCUAGUGCUGUCCAAUUGAUGCUUUUGCCUGAAGGAGGGCAAACAAAACAGACAGACACAGAAUCAGCCUCUACACCUGUAGAGGAGAACUGGAUGCCUUCCAGUCUACCAGAGCUUAGCCAAAAGCAGGCGGAGGAGUAUGCCGACUUGCCCAAUCCUGAAAGGGAGCUAUCAAGGUCAUACUCUCGUGUGGGCGAGACAGUGGAGUGCCACACUCUGGUGAAAGGCCUGCGAUCCUAUGAGGCCCUGUCACCCCCCACCUCCCCACUCCCAAGACCCGCACCAAGCCUCUGCUCCAAGUGGAGGAAAGAGAGGGAGGUUGACCUUCGGGAGGGGACAACACCUGGAUCUCCAGCACCAAAGGAGGAGACCCGGACCAUAAAGACCCCUGUGCGUAGUGGAGUAGGGGCCAAGAGGGGACUUGUGUCACGUAUAGGACCUUCCAGUAGUAUAGGCAUUCCCAGGGUGCGCUCCAAGACUGAGCCCUCAAGUGGAAUCCCUGCUCCUUCAGAUCCACCUACUCCAUCUCGCCCCACCCGCCUAGCUGCCCCCCGCAGCAUUUCCAUGCGCUCGUCCCCUAUCACACGACCAGCCAAUGUUCAGGCGGAUGUGAAACGAAGUAACAGCGCAAGGGAAAGGGCACAAACUGGAAGCGAGACACAGACUCCAGGAAAACCCACCCUGACCCGAAGGACUUCAGACAGAUCUUUACCAGAGAAAGCCUCAUGCAGCACGCAGGCCUCCUUCAUCAGAGGCUCUCCUCUCCGUGUGUCCAAACGCCUCGCCCCAAACUCUGAGACUCAGGCUCCCUCUCAGCCUCGCACUGCCCACAGCCCAUCCUCGGCCACGGCCAAGACCAUCCGCACGGCUGUCAUUACUGCAGCAAGAAGCAAAACUGCCAAGACGACAAACACAAAUGCCACUGCCUCCAGCUCUAAAAUACCCACAGCAUCACGCAUUCCUGGUCCCAAAAUACCUCGCCCUACGACAUCUCAGCCACUUUGGAGGUGAUGGAAGUUAAUGGGAGCCCUUUAUUCAUGCCUUAAUGGAGUUUCUCUGUUUGUGGAUAAUAAUGGACUUUCUGUUUUUACUCCAUAGUUCAGUCUCUAUUCAGGUAUUGUUCAGUAACGCUUCAUUUCUAGUUGAGCUUUUAUAAACACGUCUUUUGUACCGAGUACCUAAGUUCUACACAGGUGAUAUGGAUCUGCUGUAUGAAUAACGGGGCCACUUCAUCUUCUUGGUUUCACUCUGCAGACAGAAAACUAGUUGCUCUGCAUCCUACCUCCAUGCACAUCGGUCUGUGUCCUGUGCAGGCAACAGGACUCUACCAGGAGACCCGUCUUCACCAGCGCUUUAUAUGAAUGCAUGUUUUCAUCCAAGUAAAAUGCCUUCAGAUGGCUGAAAUGCUACUCUGUGCCUUGCCAGUGCGGCCUGUGUGCUUUCUAAAAACUGUAAUUGUUGGAACUGUUCCAGUCACAGCGGUAUAGGAAAAAAGAGAUGGCAUUCCUGUUGAAUUUUAUGAUUAUUAUUAUUGUUGUUGUUAGCAACAUGGCAUUUCUCAAAUUGUCCAAACAUUUUGCAUAAUGUGACCUUUUUUUCUGAGCGGUCAUUGUGUUUUCACUUGGCUGUGUUUGUGUUUGUUUUUGUUUGUUUGUUUGUUUUCUCAGUCCAAACUGCAAUCGGUAUGAUCUUGAACUGUUUUCAGAGGCCUCAUCAUUCUGAUGCACUUUACAUACUGAUGAAGAGGUCUCAUGGAGAUGAUUACUGUAAUUCUUUUUCUGUCUUUUUUUUGUAUUAAAAAAAAAAUCAUAUAAUUUAAUUGAACAGCAUUGGUUGUUAUUCACUGUGAUGUGUACAUUUGUAAAUAAGAAAAGGUGAAAUAAAGACUGUAAUUGGA